UGCCGGAUCGGAGUUGAUUUCGCAGAGGUUCCGAUAACGGGUGUCUUUUCCUCGUCGCGACGAUCCGGCUGUUGCUCCCGCUUCUACCGGGAAACAUGGGUCUCAUUUCGAUAGCUCUGGCGGUUUUGUGUUUCCUCAUUGACGUGAGUUAUUUCAUGAAAGUUUGGCUCCAAACCUAUCCCUAUGUGUGGGGUAUCUGGAAAAAAAGGAGAGAGCUUCACGAAGAAGUUGUCAACUACGGGGUGUGUUUACCGUUUGACAUCGAUUAUAUGUACCAUAUGAACCACGCGAAAUACCUCCGAGUCUUCGAGUACAGUCGCGCCAUUUUCGUCGGGGAAACUGGACUCCUGCCAAGUCUGCUGGAUUCCGCGAGGGAUGGGAAGUUCUACGUUGUGUCGGCAGCGGUGAUUCGUUACCGACGCCAGGUGCGCUGUUUCGAGCGGUACAAAAUCCUCACGAAGAUCGCGUACAUCGAAGGUCGGGAUUACUACUUUGAGCAGAAAAUGAUAGGACUAUCAGAUGAUUUCAUCAAAGCUGUUAUGUUUGUAAAAGCUACCUUCACCGCGAAAGAAGAUGCCAUCGAGAAACUUCGCGAGUCUGGUAUCGAUACGAAACCGUUCAGUGGACCGGUCGAUGAGGACCUCCGACAUUUUAUUGAAUUCAACAGGUCUUCUAGCGAGAAACUCAAUCCCAGACACGAGAAGGGCGAGUGAUGCCGAUGCCAAGUGAUCUCAUAGGACUAUUCGGGGAAAAAUGGAGCGCGGGACUAGUCUCAGGGAAAGCAAUUGCUCUCUGCGGGGAAAGGAUCGGACCUCGAUGGAUUCUUUGACUCGGGGAGAAGCUUCUCGCUGUGAGCGAGGAAGUAGGCAUGCUCGAAGCUUUCGGGGUCCAAUAUAGUACUUGAACUUAUCAGGAUGAUCCUUUCUGAACACGGCGGUCUCGCGUUCGUGGAAUACUCCCAGCACUCGUACAGUGAACCAAGUCGGAAGAGAAUCGUUAUGGAUGGAAUCGGGGCUUUCAGGAGGUAUCUUCGUAAUAUAUAGUGAGGAGGGCUGUGGUUGAAUGGUUUGGAGUCUAAAGUUUCCCUUCAAUCUAUCAACUUCUCCGUGUGAUAAUGACGAAAGUGUUCACGUCGAAAGAUACAGAGUUGAUCGGACCACAAGGCUUUGAGAGGCGGAGCCGAUAGCGAGUUGGUCCUGUCUCCCUCCAUCCGAAAAACCGAGAUAGCCUUUUUGCUAUCGACUGAUAAUCGGAGGACUCGGCCUGGGAGCUUUCUCUGUGCGCUCCUAGGGUACGAGCGAUCGAGUUGGCUCCUUGGGGAAAAUGUCACUACAAUAUGGACGGGACUCCACGAUCCUUGAAAAAGCGAUUGCAGUGAUGGGAUGCAGGGUCUAUGGAGCCUAUUCACCAGAGGACGGGAGACAUGCUGUGCUUAUAGUGAUGCACUUCUUGCAUAGGUAUAGUACGUGGAGCCUUACCACCAUGUAGAGUACUCUCCGGGUGAUACUUAAUAAUAAAUUUUUUGGCGGUUCUCGUCGUUCCCA